GGCUAGAAGAGGUCAAUGGGGGAAAAAGAGGAUCUGUCACCGCCAGUUGGGCCCCAGCUCCCCGUCGCCCCGGCCCCGCCUCCGGCCCUGCCAUCGCUCCUGUGCUCGCGGCUGGCUCUUCCCCGCAUGGAUCUGGUCGGAGUGUCAUCGCUGGAACCCGGGCCGGCGGCGGCCUGGGGACCCAACAAGUGUCCAUGGGCUACUCCUCAAAAGACAAUAUCCUGUUCUUUGGCUGAUGUCAUGAGUGAGCAGUUGGCUAAAGAGUUGCAAUUAGAAGAAGAAGCUGCUGCUUUUCCUAAAGUUGCUGUUGCUGAAGGACCAUUUCUUACUGGAGAAAACACUGAUACUUCCAGCGACCUAAUGCUGGCUCAGAUGCUACAGAUGGAAUUUGACAGAGAAUAUGAUGCACAGCUUAGGCGUGAAGAAAAAAAAUUCAAUGGCGAUAGCAAAGUUUCCAUUUCCUUUGAGAAUUAUCGAAAAGUGUAUCCCUAUGAAGACAGUGAUAGCUCUGAAGAUGAGGUUGACUGGCAGGACACUCGUGAUGAUCCAUAUAGACCAGCAAAACCAGUUCCUACUCCCAAAAAGGGGUUUAUUGGAAAAGGAAAAGACAUCACCACCAAACAUGAUGAAGUAGUCUGUGGGAGAAAGAAUACAGCCAGAAUGGAGCAUUUUGCACCUGGGUUUCAGGUAGGAGAUGGAAUUGGAAUGGAUUUAAAACUAUCAAACCAUGUUUUCAAUGCUUUAAAACAACAUGCCUACUCAGAAGAACGUCGAAGUGCUCGCCUCCACGAGAAAAAAGAACACUCUACUGCAGAAAAAGCAGUUGAUCCUAAGACACGCUUACUUAUGUAUAAAAUGGUCAAUUCGGGAAUGUUGGAGACCAUCACUGGCUGCAUCAGCACAGGCAUGGAAGAUGAAAAGGAAUGUAGUAAAUUUAUACCUCCAGAAUGUGCCAUCAAGGUAUUUAAAACAACCCUUAAUGAGUUUAAGAACCGUGACAAAUACAUUAAAGAUGAUUUCAGGUUUAAAGAUCGCUUCAGUAAACUAAAUCCACAUAAGAUCAUCCGAAUGUUGGCAGAAAAGGAAAUGCACAACCUCACCAGAAUGCAGAAAGCUGGAAUUCUUUGCCCAGCAGUUGUGCUGCUCAAGAAACACAUUUUAGUGAUGUCUUUUAUUGGCCAUGAUCAAGUUCCAGCUCCCAAAUUAAAAGAAGUGAAGCUCAGUAGCGAAGAAAUGAAAGAAGCCUACCACCAAACUCUUCACUUGAUGCAGCAGUUAUAUAACGAAUGCACGCUCGUGCAUGCCGACCUCAGUGAAUAUAACAUGCUGUGGCAUGCUGGAAAGGUUUGGUUGAUCGAUGUCAGUCAGUCUGUAGAACCGACCCAUCCUCAUGGCCUGGAGUUCUUGUUCCGUGACUGUAGGAAUGUCUCACAGAUAGAAGCUUUGGAGAAAAUGAAUGAAGAUCACCUUCAGAAGAAUGGAAGGAAAGCUGCUUCGUUUUUGAAAGACGACAAAGGUCCUCCAGUCCCACGCGAUGCAUAGCACCAAUACCCGCUGCUCUCAGUGGCGACCCAGCGGCGACUGCCAGCUGCCAAUGCCAAAUGAAGUUACGGGCAACUUGAGAUACCAACACGAGGAGUGUACAAUGGUGCUUCUGUGCUUUUCCCCUGGUAGCCCUAAUGCCAGACGUGUGGAAUUU